AUGGCUGCAGCGGGUGGUGAGGGGCUGGCACAGACCCCACUGCUGUGGGUGGGCGCUGCCCUGGCCCUGCUCGGCCUCCUGGUCUACCUGGGCGCCCUGUGUGCUGCCUGCAGACGCAAGGGCAGGAAGAAGAAGGUCCCUCCAGAUGGGGUGAAGCUGGUGGACGAGCUGGAAGACAUGUACUCCACGGUGUGCAAGGCCACCAAGAAGAAAAGCCAAGUGCCCAAGAGGGAGGUGGUCGGACCCAGCAGCAGCAACACCAGCGGGGACUGGAGCUGGGACCCCCCCAGCGACCGCUCCACCCCCUCCACCCCGUCACCCCCGCUCUCCAGCCACCCCGACAGCACCCACUUUGUCUUUGGAGAGCCCAUCCCACGGAAGAGGAAGAACUCCACCAAGGUGAUGUUCAAGUGCUUGUGGAAGAGCUGCGGCAAAGUCCUCAGCAGCUCCUCAGGGAUGCAGAAGCACAUCCGAACCGUGCACCUUGGGAGGCCGCGGGGGGAGGCCAAGAAGUGCCGCAAGGUGUACGGGAUGGAGAACCGGGAGCUGUGGUGCACGGCGUGCCGCUGGAAGAAGGCCUGCCAGCGCUUCCUCGACUGA